AGACCUGUCAACUUCCGGUGGCCAUAUUGCGGUGAGACAGCGAGUUUUGGUUGUGUGUUUCAUGAUGAUUUCUGCUCAGAAUUACGGUGAUAAGAUGAAGGAAUACCACUACACAGGACCAGUGGAGCAUAAAUUCUCACCUUAUGCUUUUAACGGAGGGACUGUGCUGGCGGUGGCUGGAGAUGACUUCGCUAUUGUGGCUUCAGACACACGUUUAAGUGAGGGAUAUGCCAUCCACAGCCGGGACUCCCCAAAAUGCUACAAACUGACAGACACUACUGUGCUUGGCUGCAGUGGUUUCCAUGGUGACUGCUUGACGCUAACCAAAAUCAUCGAGGCAAGACUGAAGAUGUACAAGCACUCAAAUAACAAGAGCAUGACAAGUGGGGCCAUUGCGGCCAUGCUUUCAACAAUUCUGUAUGGCAGGCGCUUCUUCCCUUACUAUGUGUACAACAUCAUUGGCGGUCUCGAUGAGGAAGGUCGAGGUGCAGUGUACAGUUUUGAUCCAGUUGGAUCAUACCAGAGGGACAGUUACAAAGCAGGUGGCUCAGCAAGUGCAAUGCUGCAGCCUCUUCUGGACAACCAGAUUGGAUUCAAGAACAUGGAGAAAGUGGAGCAGGUCCCCCUGAGCCUGGAGAAAGCUGAACAGCUGAUAAAGGAUGUGUUCAUCUCUGCUGCUGAGAGAGAUGUCUACACGGGAGAUGCUCUUAAAUUAUGCAUCGUCACCAAGGAAGGCAUUCGAGAAGAGAUUAUGCCACUUAGGAAAGAUUGAGAACACCUUCUCGGCCAAACCUUAGCCUUUUUUGUUUAACUCGGUUGUAUCCUUCACUCUGCUGUUCUUUUUAUAUUUCGACCCAAGAAUAAAUACAUGCCACCAGUA